UUUUAGUUUUGUAGAUGUUAAAUAAUGAAUUAUUAGUUAAACAAUGUUCCAGAGAGUUAAAAAACCAAUGACUGACAAAAAUCAUCAGUUUACAGGAUAGCAGAUUAAACAACAACAGCUUGCUAAAACGCCAAAAUUGUCUCUGCUUGUGAGAUUAAAAAACUGGCUAAAAUGGAUUAAAACUAAUAAGGCCAACUGGAGUUGGCACAGAACAAGCUUGCUGAAGUCACAGAUCAAAUUUCUACCAUGUUUCAAACUAACUCCCCCAAAAUGUGCACAUGUGAUCCAUGAGGUAGCGUUAAACAAAACUGUGCAUGCCUGAGGAUGUCCCAGACCUAUUUCCUGCCAUCGAUCACCUACUAAUCCCAGAGGCCACCCACUAGACCUUUUCUAAUAAAAUGACUGCAUGAAAGCCAGCACACAGGACAGAUUUGAGCUGGACUCCUAGCUCCUUGUUGGUUAAUUUACAAUAAAAAUCUUUUCUCAAAAACCCAAAUUGGGCAGUGAGCUUCUUUUCCUUGAUGACAUUAGUUUUAAUCAUUUGAGACAGUCCCUCUGAUUGGAAAUAGUAAAGGUGGACUUCGAAACAAAAUAUGUAAUGUUCAACAUUCACAAAAUGAAAUAAGUAUAAAGGAUAUGUAAGUUUCAUAUCUGGGUUAAUGUAAGGCAAAAACAUUCUGUAGAUAAUAUGGAUUUGAGGACAUAUGUGAUCCUGAGAGUAGCAAAGCCUGGGUACAACAAAUAUUCCAGGCAGUGUUUCAGGCUUUCAAGGCAGUGUAGUUGGUGGGAUCCAAGUUAAGGGCUCCAAACAGUAAAGGGGGACUCAGAUAAUACCUGGUUUACUGUUAGAACCAAUGGAAAAUUCCACUAAGGUAAGUAUAUGACAUGAAGAAAGGAUGGAGUUGGGAAAUGGAGUGGCAGGGUAGGACAGAGGGACCUAGAGGGCCCAGGAGGGGUGGAGUCAGCUAGGCUGGUAAAAGGCAGGGCUGUGGACACACCUUUCUCUUGUUGCUACCCCCACCCUCAGAAACCCUCUGUGACUCUUCCAUGCUCUGUGAUGCAGGCCUGGGCCUAUCGUUGAGACUGGGCACCCACAACACUCAGUUACCUUCAGAAGUCAUGCUAUUCAAAGCAUGGAGAAUAUCCUCUGUUUUCUAAACAGCUAUACUGACACAGGGCUGAGCCCUGACUCACCUUGCUUGAUGGAUAUUGACCACAACUGCAUCUACUUGAGUGGGUUGGGGUUGUUUAUGCUGUACUUUUUCUAUGUGGUAUCGAUGCUGUGUUUGUCAACCCGUGGGAAAAAUCAUGACAUCCAAAAGGUAAGGGACUGUGGGAGAGCCAGGAGGAGAAGGAAAGGUGGGACAUUUAAAGACCGGAAAAGUUUCCAGAGGGAAGCAGAAGAGGAAAGGAAGCUGCUUUCUAUUCUGAAAAGCUUUGGACCUCCUGCUUCCUGCAGUCCCCUGGACCAGCAUCAUGAUACCAUCCGCUUUCGUCGACUAUUAUGCCCAGAUCCUGUCUGUCAGGUGUGUAACAGAGCAACUGCUGAUAUCCAGCGACUGCUGUCUCGGGAGUCCCUGAAAGAUGCUGCUCCCUCGGUAUCCCCUUUGGCUUCUGCAGCUUCUGUGACUGAGUCGUCGUUCACUCUGUCUUGCCCCUCAGCAAUUCCUCCAGAAGACCUAAUAUUGUCUCCUUGGCCUAAGCCCUCUCUAUCAUCCUCCUUAAUUCUCUCACAUGACCCGAUCACCCCCUUAGCUGACUUAUUUUCACCCUCACCUCUGAGGCACCCUCUGCCACCACAGCCUGUUUCUCCCCUGGAUUCCAAGUUUCUCUUGGACCAUUCCCCACCCCUACAGCUUCCCUCUCCCCUUCUCCCACCACAUCACAUUCAGCGAGUGGAGCCCAAUCUUCAUCCUGAGGCCAGUUUGUCUCUGAACACCAUCUUUUCAUUUGGCUCCACCCUAUCCCAAGAUAUGAACCCCUUACCAAAUGUUUCCCAGGCCAUGAAUCCAACUGAUUAAUGUGCUUGUCAUCAUGAACCACCAACCCCAACUGCUUUACCACUGCAGGACUGCACUGCAACUCAGUCUAAAGCAAGUCCCACAAUAUUGAAGCCUUUUCCAGAGACGUUAUCUCUAGGUAGCUCUGGUGGGACAGAAUAUGCCCCAACAAUCAGAGGCAUUGACCAUUCAUGCCCUGCAUCUUCAGAAUUCUACUGGUGGCAGCCUCGGAAGGACUUGUUUCCCUCCACUAUUGCACCAUCUGAUUUCGUACAAGAGCUUCUUACCCUUCACUAUUCUGAUGCCAAUGGGGGGCACUCUGUGGCCAACCUCAUACAGCCUAUUAACCUAUCAUUUCUCAGCCAUGACAUUCUGGAACUCCUGGAGAGACAAGUCAAAAAAAGGGGUGAUUUCCUGAUGUGGAAAGAAAAUGAAAACAAAGCAGUAUCUUUUCCAAAACCCUGUAGACCGAACUGUCAACUAAAUUCUUCACGGAAAAUGUUAGCCUCAAUUGCAGAUAAGCAAGACUUGGCAGCCUCACUUCCUUUUUGGGCCAGUAAAGACAAACUAGAACAGCUGCACAUCCACCAGCAGCCCCCAUGUUCUAAGUGCAUUGAGGACCAUUUAGAGCAAAAAUAUGUGCAGCUCUUCUGGGGUCUCCCACUUCUGCACAGUGAGUCUCUGCACCCUACUGUUCUUGUCCAACAUGGCCGUUCCUCCAUGUUUGUAUUCUUCAAUGGCAUUACAAAUACAUCUAUAUCCCAAGAAUCUCCAGUACUUCCCCCUCCCCAACCUCUAUCCUUGCCUAGUACCCAACUUCUACCCUUGCCUCAAACCCUGCUCUGGGGUCAGUCCCCACAUCACACUCAGGUCCAGUCCAGGGCUCAACAUCAAUCUCCACUCCCGGCCCUACUACCUAGUCCUCUAUUCCUGAUUAGGAUCUGUGGAGUAUGUUUUCAUAGGCCCCAGAAUGAGGCACAGUCUCUUAUGCCAUCUGAAAUUAGCCAUCUGGAGUGGAAUGUGUUGCAGAAAGUCCAGGAAGGUGUGUGGGGUUUACCCUCUUUGGUUAAAAAAUCCCAGGAAGACAUUUGUCCUCCAGCUCCCAGUCUUGCAUUGUUCAGCCAGCCCUUUAAGGCCCAUGUUCCCAUAUCCAUUAUUCCUGGAUAUUUUCCAUUCAGCUGUGAGCUAAGGAAGAAACCAGAGCACCAACUUCGAAAAAGACUCAUCCAGAGCAAUUGGGGCCUGCCUCGCAUAAUCCAUGAGUCUCUGUCAAUGCUGCAUCCUCAGAAAAAAAUUUUGGAGAUAUCUGAGUUAGAGAACAAUCAUGGACCCUUACAUAGCUCUUUGGUUGAGAGUCAGGGCUGCAAUGUUCUAAAGAAAUUCGGAUCAAGCAUCCCUAGAACCUUCCACGAGAGAAGCUCAAAUAUGCUUUCCCUGGAGAAUGUGGGGAAUUAUCGGGGAUACAGACAGGAGAAUGGCCCAAAAGAUCAUCUGUUGCAUGAUCCAGAGACAUCUUCAGAUGAGGAUCUGAGGUCUAACUCUGAGAGAGACCUGGACACUCAUAUGAUGCAUCUGUCAGGGAAUCAUUCAGGGGAGAGCCUAGGUCAGAAACAACUUGAAAAUGCCCUGACAGUACAUUUGAGCAAGAAAUUUGAGGAAAUCAAUGAGGGUCGAAUGCCUGGGACUGUGCAUAGUUCAUGGCAUUCAGUCAAGCAGACAAUGUCUCUUGCUGAGGAAUCCCACAGUCAAAUAAAACAUCAAAAUUUGGCAGCAUUGCUGGGUGAGGACCACCGUGUUGAUACUUCUCAGGAGAUUUUAUUCCUUAGUUCCAACAAUCAAAAGAUGUUGGAAGCCCAUAUUAAAUCUUUCCAUAUGAGGAUUCUGUGGGGCCUUCCCCGCAAAGUCCAUGAAUCCAUAGAAAUAUUUAACUUUGAAAGAGGACCUUUCCAAUUCCUUUUCCCAUUUCGACCUUCCCUCCUCAGUCUCCUCCAUUUCUGGUGUAGAUUCCAAAAAUGGGGUCUCCAAUCCCCCUUAGAAGAAGGUUUUCAAGGAGAAAAGUUGGGAACAACAAGCUCAGUUCCAGUCCUGGAUUGUCAUCACCCUGUCACCUCACCUGUCAGCAAAGAAAGCAGAGGACCCUGAGAGGACAAUUUUCUGAUACUGACCAUGACCUUACGGAGACAGAUUCCAAAGAUGGGGCCUCCACACCCCUUAGAAAAGCACUACAGAUUUUCAGGGAGAAAAGUUAGAAAUAAGAAGCUCAUUCCCCAUCCUGGGUCAUCCUCACUGCAUCAUCUCACCUGUCGACAAAGAAAGGCAGGGAGCCCUGAGAAGAGAAUUCUCUGAUACUGACCAUGAGCUUACAGAAAGUCCAGCCAGUUGAGGAUGGCAGACAGACUUUUCUGCCCCCAACACACAGCAUCAUAGGCAAAAUCAGUCAGAAACAGACUGUACUAGCCAGUACCUGCAGCCAAAAGCUGACGAUAAGGCAAGCUAGGGCUCGCUGUAAGUGAAGGCUUAAGAGAGAGAGUUCCAGUAAUAAUGUAGAAAGGCUUCAGGGCAGUAGAAGGACAUUUUCUGUCACCAAUGGGUCUAAAGAAAUGUUCAAGGCAGAGGAGCUCUGUGCUCUUCAAACACCAUCUAAAACUACUUGAUAACCAGCAAGUCAGGAAGCUGCUCAGUGAUAAAUACAUAAAUAAGCACUUCUACAACUGAAAGUUUCCCACCAAGAAUAUCAGUUUCCCGAGAUCCUAUGUCAUCAUACCUUAAAAUCAGAUGUUGAGUGAGUUAAAGUUUAAAUUGGCCCAGAGGGAGCAUAGCCAAGUUCAAAGCCGUUUCACUGACAUGUCCCUUGCAUUAGAUAACUUGGUUUCCAAGGACUUACUGACUCAUGCUCAGGGCAUCUACAGUGAGAACAUGUCAACUUUCCAGGUGGUGCAUGUCCACUUGGAGGACACAGGGAUAUGUGAGGAACAGUAGCAGGAGCCCAUGGUCCCUAAGCAUGUCUUACAGAAUGUCCAGAUAAGAAUUUCCCAUGCGUGGCUGGGCGCAGUGACUCAUGCCUGUAAUUCCAGCAUUUUG